AUGUUAGACCUCGGUUGUAUGUAUGGCUUUAUCACCAACUACUGCCACACCAUAUUCCUACGCCAAAUCCAGGUGGGAUCCACUUGGAGAAUUGAAUAUUCCCGCGCGAUCGACUUAUCCUUCAGAUACACGCCCCUGGACCCCGGAACUUUUUUGGCCGAGCCUGUGUUGUCCUUGAAUCAAUGUUUUUUGUUUCUUGCUGUCAUUGCUGAAGCCCAGGGGCCGGUUUUCAAUCCCACUCCUCGCAGUCAAUGGAUCAGACCGGGUUAA